AUGGAAGAAACAAUACAUAUAAAAAAUAAUAUGUCAAGUUUAAAUAAAGAUAAUGAAGAAACUAAUUUUUCGAAGAACUAUGAAGAUAUAAAUUUUAAAAAAUUUGAGAUUAAACCAAAUAAACCUUUAAAAUACGAUAUAAAAGAAAAGAAGUCGUGGGUUGCAUUAACCAGAAAUAUUCCAAUAGACACAUGUAAUCGUGUUAUAAAUGUUCCUAUAAAAGAAACAAAAAUAAUCCAUAAACCAAAGAUUGAACUAGUUGAAAAAAUAAAGGAAGUUCCAACUUACUUUGUUCAAAAUAAAAAUAAGGUAAUAGAAGUUCCAGAAGUGAAAUUUGUGGACAAAAUUCAAUAUGACCCUUUUGUUGUUGAAAAGCUUAAAUAUGUUCCAAAAGAAAUAACAAAAUAUAAUAUUAUUAAGAAACCUAUAGUCAAAAACAUUAUAACAGAAAAAAAAGUGGAUGUUCUACAAGUUCAAGAAAAAAUAAGUUUUAAGGACCAAGAAAUUGUAGAAGAAGUUUAUCAUUAUUUUGAUAAAGAUAAGAACAAAUUUCUUAACGAAGAUGGAAAUACAAUAGAAGAUGACAACUGUUCAAAAGAUAGAGAUAUGCAAAUCAACUUUGAAAAUCCCAAGUAUCAGUAUAUAGAUGAUAAUAAUAUAUUACCACCCUUAUUAACUCCAUUUGGCCCACAAGUAAAAUUGACAGAAAAUAAAACAGUGGAAAAUGUCUUUAUACCUAAAGUUGAAAAAGUAGUUGAAAUAAGAAAAAAAAUUGAUAUACCAAUAAAUCUACCAGUUCCUUAUAUAGUUCCAAAACCGAAAAUUAUAGAUGUAGAUGUUCCUGUUUUUAAAUUUAAUGAUAAAUAUGUCCCUGUUCCUGUUCGUAGAAAAAUAAUACCAAAAAUAACAUGGAGUGAUAAGGUUUAUAAAGUAGAUUGCCUUGUUGAAAAGCCUUAUUUAGUCUAUCACAAUAUAAUAAAAAUUAUACCAACGGAUUCAAAAAUAAAUGUUAGAGAAUAUCCAAAAGGAAUAACUAAAAUAAAUCCAGAAGAAUUAUAUGAAGUAGACAACUUGGCUCUAUGGAUGAGAGUAAAUGCAGAUUUGAAAAAAGAGAAAGACAAAUUAAAAAAAAGUGAAAAUUUAUCGGAACGCACAUGUGAAUGCUCAGAUUCUGAAUGUAAUGAGCAAUUUUCCAGUACUGAAUUAAAUUCAUCACAAGAAGAUACAACUACCAUUAAAUCUUCUAACGAAAAUAUUUUUGAAACUCUUCCACUACACCCAGGACAUCCUUUGGAAAUGGUGCAUUUACAAAAUAAGUGGAUUAAACAAGAUACUACAAAGACUCAAGAUUUAUAUGAUGAAAAAUUUAUGGAUGCUCAUAGAAAUGCUAUAUUUAAUUUAACUACCCAAAUCCCUCGUGAAGCAGAAAUAGAAAUAAAACAAAUUUCAGAACUUCAAAAACAAAUGAGAAAGGGAGAACUUAAUACCACUCAUAGUGAAUCAUCUUAG